AUGCGUGCAAGAUUGGAAGACUUCAAGAUAUACGACGAAGCCUCGCGUGUGCCGGCCCUAAACGUAUCCACGAAAGCCGCCGUUUAUAGCGGCAUUUUCUCGCUUGAUGUCAAGGAUAUCGGAGCCGAUUGUAAACCGGAAAACCAUACCUGUACAUGGGAAGCCGUUCCAACACUUGCGGUUUGCGGCGAAUGCAACCAACUGAGCGUCGACACUGUGUGCACCGACAAGUCACAGACUUGCAAGUACAGGACGCCAUCUGACACUUCAUUCGAUGUCGCCAACUCACCGAACACGGAAAAGUUCAAGGUGACGAACUCGCUUGACGGUAUCUUCCAUCACAUGAACUCAACUUCACGCACCUACAUCAACGUAUUUGAUUUCCUUUGGGUGUCGAGAACGAGGCGGAAGACCAAGAUCCUUGCACACGAAUGCGCCCUGUGGUUCUGCAUGAAGACUUACACGAUCAAGGCUGGUGACGGUGGUUUGAAUCAGACAGUCCCCGAGGACAAAAAGUGGCACACAACACGCUUUAAGAAGGACAACAGUGCGCAUUUCGGCGAGUACGUUUUCAUUGACAUACCGGAGGGAAUGAACGUUACAAAUUCAUCUCGAUACAGCGUCACCAAGGAGGCAUUAGCGGCACUACAACGGUUCACAGAUCCCCUGCUUGAGGGAACGUACGAAAAGCAGUACACCAUCAUCAACUUCUCCUCGGAUUGGGUCGAGGGUCUCUACAACGCUCAAGGGAACCUCAAAGACUGGAUCGGUCGGUUCAGCACCAGUCUCACGAAUGAGGUCAGACUUCAUGGACAUGUGCGAAACAGGCGUAAAGACUGGCAGCGGUACGGCUGUCCGGCAGUCAUGGAAAGGCAGAUGAUUAUCGUCGCGUGGUGGUGGCUCAUUUUCCCGACGGCUUUGAUUGUCAUCAGCAUCUACUAUCUCUUCCACACCAUUAUCCGGGGAGCCCGCGAUGACAUAUCUGUGUGGAAGAGCGACUCGUUGCCAAUGCUGUUCUGCCGAAUCGAUCCCUCGAUCCUCCUGAAAGUCGGCGAUGGCAUGGACCUGCCCAACGGGUUGGACAAGCGCGUCGGGGACGAGAAGGUGUGUCUGUUGAGAGAGGAAGAUGGCGAUUGGGUCUUCAAGCCGAUCGAGAGCGAAGAAUCAUCGUCGGAUUCCGAUUCUGAGGGAGGGAUCUCAUGGUGA